CUUGAAGGAGGGGGCGGGUUCGAGGGCGGGGCUGGCGGCGACGGGGCGGGGCUUGAAGCUGGGCCGCCUCCUCUCUUGCUGCGCUCAGGGGCCUUAGGUGGAGACUAGCGCAAUAGAACGGCGGAGCUCAUCCCGCGCAGGAACCGGCGCCGAGCUUGCGAGGAAGUUCCAGCGUCUUGAUUGAGGGUUCUCUCCUCGGCUGGGGGGCGCUCUCCUCUAGGCCCGUUUGCCUGCUGGCGGCUCGCCCCAACCUGACACACGCCGCGCAGAUGUGAGCGAGCCUGGCCAGAGCCGUGCAGCCGCUCCACUCAGCUCGUCAGCAACUGCGUCCCGCUUCUUCCCGCCAGGUCCCAGUGGGAGAAAUAUGUGGCAGCCGGCAACGGAGAGACUGCAGCACUUUCAGACCAUGUUGAAGACUAAGCUAAAUGUCUUAACCCUUCGGAAGGAGCCUCUCCCUACGGUGAUCUUCCAUGAGCCAGAAGCCAUUGAGCUGUGCACCACAACUCCGUUGAUGAAGACACGGGCGCACACUGGGUGCAAGGUUACAUAUUUGGGUAAAGUUUCUACAACAGGGAUGCAGUUUUUGUCAGGUUGCACAGAAAAACCAGUCAUUGAGUUGUGGAAGAAACACACGCUUGCCAGAGAGGACGUCUUCCCAGCUAAUGCUCUCCUGGAAAUCCGCCCCUUCCAAGUUUGGCUUCAUCAUCUCGACCUCAAAGGAGAAGCUACUGUCCACAUGGACACCUUUCAGGUUGCACGUAUUGCUUACUGCACUGCCGACCACAAUGUCAGCCCAAACAUCUUUGCGUGGGUUUACCGAGAGAUCAAUGAUGACUUGUCCUACCAGAUGGACUGCCAUGCUGUAGAGUGUGAGAGCAAGCUAGAGGCCAAGAAGUUGGCACAUGCCAUGAUGGAGGCCUUUAAGAAGACUUUCCAUAGCAUGAAGAGUGAUGGCCGGAUUCAUCGGAAUAGCUCAUCUGAGGAAAUGUCUCAAGAAUUGGAAUCUGAUGAUGGCUGAUUUGAACUCAUCAACGAUUAAGCAAAGCAGAAAUGGCCCUGGGAAUAGAAGCAUAUUGAUGAAUAAGCAACAGUUUGGUUUGGGAUGAGAGGUCUUCCCAGCACUUGACUGAUUCAGCUUUUCAAAAUAAAAAAAGAGCAAAACUCCCACAAAUGCAUAUUUUAAAAUAAUCAUUACAUUGAAAGCUGCUGUUUUAAAAUGUGAGAGAGCUUUUCAUUUUCUUAAAUUUUAUUUUCCUUUCCAGUUCCAUUUUGGCCCUUUCUAUUCAGGUUCAUAUUUUGAAGAUGCGAUAAUUAUUUCCUGUUGAACCCAUCUGUGUCCUUCUAAUGAUAACAUCCUCUAAGAUUUGUUGCUUAGAUCAACUGCUGAUGCAGAGCAGUGAUCCAGAUCAGUUGCUAAAGAGAGAAUAUUAUUUGGUGGCCUACUGCUAAUCCUGUUGACCACCUCCAGGCUGAAAUAGCCACACCACCUUUUAGAUUUAACAGCCUGACAGUUUCCAGUUAAGUCACAUUUCACAGUUUGAAUAUUUAAAGAUGCUUAUAUUUACACAUUAUAAUCAUAUGCUUUAUUUUAUUUUAUUCAUUUACCUUUUUAAUGUACCUGCAGCCAUUCAUGUCCCACCUAGCACCCAUAGUUCAUUUUGGUUUUUAAAGUACAAACUGCAGGAAUACCAAAAGGGAAAGGAUGGAAAUCCAGUUGUGAACUCACUACCUUUGCUUCAAUAUUUUAAAAAUGGAAAUUUAAUUGAGAGCUUGUAAAGGCUUUGAUGAGUACCAUUUGGACUGUGAUUCUUGUCCAGCCACAAGAGAGACAAGAAAGAGGGUACUAGUUUCACAGCAGUCAUAUUGGCAAUCACUUCUGCAUUGGCUGGCUUGGUUACCUGAUAUAACUUGUUCUCAAGGGUCAGGUUUGAGUUACCAUUGUGAUCACAGGUUGUCUAACAGAGAAAAGCCAAGGCUUAUUUGCGGUCAGUUUGAAAGCAAAUGGCUUGUUCUGAUUUAAAACCUCAUGCUAAUAUUCCUAAACCCUUUCCUAAUCACAAAUGAAAGGGUUCAUAAAUUAAGAAAGUUUUUGUUUUAAACUUUAAGGCCAAGUGCUAAUUGAUAGUUUGCAGGUAAUGCUGCUCGUUUAUACAGUCUUGUUCAUAAAACGUGGUAAUGUUAGGGGCACUAGGGCACCUUACAGAAGCCUUAAAAGAGAGCUAAUCAAAGCAGAUAGCUAUAGAAGUCUGUUCUGUUGUGUGUGAAUAUGUAUAACGUGUGUUUGUGUAUGUGAGUGUGUAUGAGUGUGUGUGAUUAGUGUUAAUGCAUGUAGAUUGAUCAUGGGAAUAUACUGAGGAGGACUCACACCUCUUGAAAAUAUGCUUAUUGCUUUCUAAGUGUAUGUAAACAAUUCCUGCAGCAUAAAGGCAUUCAUACUUUAAUAAAAAAAAGUUUGAAUUACAAAUAAAUAA